GAUGUGGUAUUGGCGCUUUACCCAGAUGGCUUAUCUUCCAAAGCUAUCGUUCCAGAGGACUGCAACCAGAGGCCCGUAUCGAUUAGACACACAUACGCACGAGACGAGAGGGAGAGAGAAUGCGAAGCAUAACCCUCUCAGAUUGUAUGUUGGGGGCAAAGUCACUGCCUUCAUGUACAAGGCAUAGCAGACCUGUCACCUGUUGUUGCUUGUUUUCUUCGAGUUCACGCUCGAAGCAGCAGAAUUCCAAGCUUUCUCGUCCAAACCCAAGUCUCGUUUUGUCCAGGUACUCAAGCCGAUGGUCUGCAACUACCAGAAGUUCAGAUGGCGUCGAUUUAAGGCGUCUUGACUACAAGACCUGCAAAAUGAGUACAAAAUCAACACCUGUGAUGGAUGAUUGCUGUGCCUCUUCCAAAUCACGAGCAAAGGAUAAUUCAAGAGGGGAAUUUGAUAUAGCAGCAUAUAUCCAUGCUUCUGAUAAUUCACUUGGUGAUAUUAUGAAGUUUCUACUGAUGCUUGGGUUUCUCACCCUUCAAGGCUCUCAACCAGCAGUUGCUGUUUCAGAUGUUGCUAGUGGGUUGCAAUCAAUCCCCUAUUUAGGGGACGUCGGUGAUAUUAGCACAGGUUUUGCUUCAGCAUUCUUGCUUAUCUUUUUUUCAGAACUUGGGGACAAGACCUUUUUUAUUGCGGCACUUCUAGCAGCUAGGAACUCUGCUUCUGUUGUCUUUGUUGGGACUUUUGGUGCACUAGCGGCAAUGACCAUCGUAUCUGUUAUUCUUGGAAGAACUUUUCACUAUGUUGACGAGAUCUUACCAUUCAGGUUUGGCGAAACUGAUUUGCCCAUUGAUGACAUCGCUGCAGUUUUCCUUUUGGUGUAUUUUGGGGUUUCAACCUUGCUUGAUGCCACCUCCAGUGAUGGUCUAAAAGCAGAAGAUGAACAGAAGGAGGCAGAGUUAGCAGUUUCAAAAUUUUCAGGAAAUGGUGCUGGGAUAUUAUCUUCUCUCAAUACUAUUGCUAGCACUUUCUUCUUGGUUUUCGUUGCUGAAUGGGGUGAUAAAUCAUUCUUUUCCACAAUAGCACUUGCUGCAGCAUCUUCACCUCUUGGAGUCAUCGGGGGAGCACUAGCUGGUCACGGCGUCGCAACUUUGCUUGCAGUUUUGGGAGGUUCUAUACUGGGGACAUUUUUGUCAGAGAAGGCCAUUGCAUACAUUGGAGGGGCUCUUUUCCUUGUCUUUGCUGCAGUAACAUUGGUUGAGAUAGUGAGUUAGGAAUUAGAACAUCAAUUCCUUUCAUGUCCAUACAUGCAAGAAGAAAUAUUUGUACCAGUGAGAUUAUUUUAACAGCUUGAGAUUAUGUUAAAAUUGAUUGAGAUACUGAGUUAGGAUUUAGAACAUCAA